AUGCUCGACGUCUCGUUCUCGUUCUUCGACCCUCAGCCGCAAGACUACCACUCGAUCAAGCUCCUCCUGUCGCAGCUCGUCCAGGGCGACGCCGCGUCCUUCGACCUCGGCGGCGUGGCCGACCUCGUCCUCGAGCAGAAGCUCGUCGGCUCGACCGUCAAGACGGACGGCGGCGACGACGACGACAAGGCGGCCGAGGGCGACCCGUACGCCGUCUUGACCGUCCUCAACCUCAACGUGCACAAGGACCACAAGGCGCUGUCGGCCCUCACGUCGUACCUCCUCGCCAAGCUCCCGGCAUCGUCCCCCUUCCACGCCGAGCUAUCGUCGCUCCUCGCGCACCCGGCCGAGCCGUCGACCGCGGCGGCGCCCAAGCACGUCGGUCUCGUCCUGAGCGAGCGCCUCGUCAACAUGCCGGCGCAGAUUGUGCCGCCCAUGUACAAGAUGCUCGACGAGGAACUCCAGUGGGCCCGUGACGAGAACGAGCCGUACCACUUUUCGCACCUCCUGUUCCUGUCGCGCGUGUUCCGGUCGACGGCGGCCGACCUCGACUCGGACCCGAACGCGGCGCUCGAGGCGGCGCUCGUCGCCGAGGCGAGCAUGCGGGCGGCCGUGCUCGGCGGGCCCAAGAAGAAGAAGGGGCGCAAGGGGGCGGCGCCGGGCGAGGCGGGCAACGCGGGCGAGGACAAGCUGUGGGUGUACCACGCCGAGGACGAGGCGGUCGAGAAGGUGGCGUCGCACAAGCACGUGUUUGAGUACUCGCGAGGGCGGCGGCAAGAGGACGGGAGCGAGGCGUUCGGGGUCGAGACCAAGGGGCAGCUCAUGCUCGUGCCGUGGACCAAGUGGGGGGCGCUGCUCGACGGGAUCGACAAGGUGGCGAGCGUGCCGGUGUAGAGCGCUGCAGUCGACGUUGCGACG